AAGCGACUAUAAAAUUUAUUUCGUUUAGUUUCAGAUUUUGAAAAAAUAAUCACAUUAAAAUAGUAUGGGCGUAAGUUCCGGAAUUAAGGUUAGCGAAUGCGCCAAGGCCGCGAUUCAAAAAGUGUCUAGCAAGAGCGCAUCUUCUGUUGCUUGCUGUUUGAUCAUAAACGAUACUAAGGAUCAAAUUAUUUACGAAGAAAAUUCUGAGAUUCCAAAAAGUGUUGAUCAACCAUUUGAAAAGUUAAUGGAGCAAUUGCCUAAGGAUAAAUGCAGAUACGCGGGAAUCACUCUUAAUUUUGCUCUGGAGGGCCGCGACACAAGUAAGGAUGUCUUGAUCAUGUGGUCUCCAGAUGGCGCUACAACCAAGGAUAAGAUGCAAUAUACCACAAGUUGGAGCAAAGUCAAAGAUGAGAUCAAACUCAAUCACAACAUGGAGUUCCAUGACGCUGAUGACCAGACCAUCGAUCCAAUCUUGAGGAAAUUGGGCGAUAAAGACACCGUCACUUCAUUCCAAGGCAAACCAGUGAAGAUCUCAGAAUGCAGUAACGCAUAUGAAUAUGUCUAAGAUCCAGGAAACAAAUUUGAAACAAUAAAAUCUUGAACUUUAAUUGAAAAUGUAACAAAAAGUUCUUCAAAACUAUCGUGUCUUUAGCAAGGUAUUAUCAAGCAUACUAACUGUAGUUAUCAAGUGGUUCGAAUCACAAAUAAAACCCUUCAAAUUUCACAAGUAUGUGUAAAAAGAAUUCUGUAACUUGUAUGUUAAUGUAAUCUGUAAACGCUUGCUUUUGUAUAAUUUUUGUAGUUUCAUGAAAUAACAAUUGAACUAAAUUUUUGUUGGAGCAGCAACUGUUACCUGUGUUAAUUUAAAAGCAGCAUUUUGGUACUUGAACCGUUGUAUUCAUAUAAUUAAUGCAUAGAAUGUGCUAGUAAACCCAUAACCCAUUUGUUUAUCAAUAAAGUUUCAACUGAAUCACA